AUGAAUUUUUCAUCUAUCAACGGCUCUUCAGCCAUAAGUGGGUAUCAGCGGGACACGUUCACCUCGGCUGUGACCAAGAAUGUGAUCGUCACAGCCCUCUGCAUCUCCAUCAACUACAUCAAUGGUACUCUGGUGCACACCUUCAGAAAGCACCAGAUGUUCACUUCAAACCCUCGGUACAUCCUGUUCAUCCACCUGGUGAUAAACGACAUGAUGCAGCUUCUCCUCUCAACUCUCCUCCACAUCAUCAGCUACGCCCUGCAUAGAAUCAACGUGUCGCUGUGCCUCGUCCUGCUGAUCAUCACCAUCAUGACCACCCUCAACACGCCACUCAAUCUGGCCGGCAUGGCCGUCGAGUGCUACAUCGCCAUCUGCAUCCCCCUCCGUCACAGACAGAUCUGCACCAUCAGGAGAACCUACAUCCUGAUCGUUCUGAUCUGGGUGGCGAGUGCGGCCUCCAUCCUCCCGGACCUCUUCAUCCUCCUGGCCACGGAGCCGCUGCAGUUUUUUCACUCGAGGCAUUUCUGUGCCAGAGAUUUUGUGUUCAGAAGCAAUUACAGCCUGAAGAAGAGGGACGCUUCACACAUAGUCUGCCUCGCCCUGGUUUGGCUCGUACUCCUCUACGCUUACUUCAGGAUUCUGUUCGCUGCCAAGGAAGCGACUGCAGACUUUAGAAAAGCCAGAAACACUAUUCUCCUCCAUGGCUUCCAGCUGCUGUUAUGUAUGCUUAUUUAUGUGAGACCCAUGUUUGAACAAGGUCUGGUCUUAAUACUGCCCAACGAGUUCCUGGCCAUACGCUUUGCCUGCUAUGUCAUUGUCCAGAUCCUGCCGCGGUUCGUUAGUCCAGUUGUCUACGGCCUGCGUGACCAGACCUUCAGGAGAUACGUGAGAAGGUAUCUGCUCUGUAAAGUGAGCACAAGCACCCACCCAAAAACAGUCACCGGGUCACACAUGAGGCCUGUUCAAAACACUGCUGAGUUUGAAAUGUAG